ACGCUGCUUCAAUUUUCCCUUGUUUUUUUUCCCCUCCUCUCUCUUUAUAUAUAUUAGCCAUUUUGAUUCUCCCCAAAAUAAAACCAUCCACUGAAAUCUAGUCUCUGUGUUUUGUUCUUGUUGAGAUCCCCCAUUUCCAGACAUACUCUCUAACAAUAUUUCAUGGAGGUGAAGAAAGGGCCAUGGACGCCGGAAGAAGAUUCUGUGCUCUUCAAUUACGUCACCCUCCACGGCAACGGCCACUGGAACUCCGUCGCCUGCUCCACCGGGUUGAGGAGAACCGGAAAGAGCUGUAGAUUGAGAUGGCUUAAUUAUCUUCGUCCCAAUGUUCGCCGUGGGAAUAUUACUCUCCAAGAACAACUGCUCAUUCUUGAACUCCAUUCCCUUUGGGGCAAUCGAUGGUCAAAAAUAGCUCAAUUUCUUCCGGGAAGAACGGACAACGAGAUAAAGAACUACUGGAGAACUCGAGUUCAAAAGCAAGCCAAACAGCUCAACUGCGAAGUUAACAGCCAGCGUUUUCGAGACGCCAUGAGACUUGUCUGGAUCCCCCGCCUGGUGGAGCGGAUCACAGCCGCUUCUGGUGAGUCUCCGCCGCUGAUGGCUGAGAGCUCCACGUCAGCAUCGACAACUAAUACCGAGUCCACGUGGGCAAACCCGAACAACAACAACAACGACAUCCUCACCGACAUGUCGGCGACAUCUUCCGACUCGUCGAACGUAACCGCAGGGGAAGUUUGCGGGUCGGGUUGGGAAGACGGGUUCGGGGCGGGGUGGUGGGACGGAGACGGAGUGGACUCAUCAUUAGAGAGUUUGUGGACCGAAGAAAAUAUAAGUUUUUUACAGCAACAGCUCUUUGAUUAGAAAUUUAGGAAAUUGGAAAAAAGAAAGUCUUUUUUUUCAACUUUUUUAAUUCUCACAAAGUCGGAAAAUACGGCGAUGUAGUGGGGCCCGAGUGGCAAACAUUCUUUUUGUGUUUUUCUUUUGUUUUUUCCUAGUGAAUAUAAAUUGACAAGGAGAAAAUAAUAAUAAAUAUUGUGAUCUCUCUUUA